AUGGCUGCGGUUCCUCGGGCGUUCGUGGAAGAGGAGGCAUCGACACUUUUACGAGUGCGGCCUUCGCUUGGCGGAUGCGGAUGGGCAGUGGAUGUGGCGGCAGCCCCCCCCCCCCCGCCAGUACUUCACAGGCCUCUCUGCUAUUUUCGUCCACAAGCACGCACAUCGCAACAGCAGCGCCCGCUGGAGGCCAGCCUCUCCACCGCGGCAGCAGGGAAGGCCGGCGAAAGGUUGUGCAACCGCUUCUCGCCCAAACGGAAGCGGGGCUGCAGCCGGGCGAAUCUGUGGUCGCACCAACAAACUGGACGGGGCAUUGUUAGACUGAGCAGCGAACCAAAGAGAGUUGUGACUAUGAAUGGAAGAUAUUGUGCUAUUUUUCUUACUUUCGCCGCAUUUGCGAAUGUUGCAAACCCCGAAGAACGAUCUAUGGCGCUUCGUGAGAAGAAGGGGCAGUUAAAUAAUGCAGGUAACUUGAAAAUCAGGAUGGUUCGAGCUACAUCCAGCAAGUUGUUCAUCGAGGCCUUAUGCGAUCCUUCAUGUGAGGACAUCCAGUGGGAGACUAUGCUAUAUAAAUACAUCCCAGAGUUUAUAACUGUUUCCUCAGACGAUGUGGAAGAUCACGGGAAUGGUCAAUAUGCACUUAUAAAUUUACAUCCCAAUGUUGAUUACAUUGUUCAAGCUCGUAUUCCGGGUUCUUUUGAUCGGACUCGAGGCAAAACAUGUAAAGUGAACCUGGAGCGUGUGACGGGUCUCCACUCUCCCACCAGCGGGCCUGGUUGGUUGGAUAUUCGCUGGACGCCGAUCUCUCAAUCCAAUUGCCCGCAAGACAUCAAGUACAUCACGCGCCACAAGGUGGACGGCGGCAACUUCACUCAACCGCAAGUGUAUGGAUUCUACCCAAUCGACGAUAAGGGCAGAAUACGCGUUGGACCGUCCCACCCCUGUGACGAUUGGCCGAAAAGUUUUUGCCUGUUGAUUACGGAGGGCGUAGUGUCUGGUAAAAAUCAUACUGUGGAGAUUGUACCCCAGCGAAUAGGCGCAGACGAAUUCAGUGACGUCGGCAUUCCGAUGCAGAUAGUCGUCUUCGCGGAUCCCCACAACAGGCAGGGGGCGCCUGACGACGGGGUGCACCCGGACUGCCAGAUGUGGGCGUGGCUGGCGGUGGGGGCUAGCUUGUUCUGCGUCGCCGUCAUCAUCGGCAUUCUCAUCUCCGCCCUCGUCACCACUUAUGAAAAAAAUCAGAGACUUCGAGAAGAAGCACUGAAUGAGGAAAAUGAAGAUAGUGGAGAAAAUGAAGAAAUUGAGGAAACAGUGUUGUCAGCAGGAACUACAGAAACGAGACAAUCAAGAGAACUCUCAGAAAAUGGAGAACUUAGUGAAAACAGAGCCAAAAAAUAAAUACUGCACUGAACUCUAAAUCAAGAACAAAUACUUAUAUGUGAAUAGAAGCAGCUUUAGUUGCGCAUAAUGCUCGUAUGAACUGAAAAUUGUAAAUAAGACAUCCUUACCCCUAGAUAGGAGGUACUAAUAGGAUAAGAGAAGACUGAUGCAAAAUUUGAUACUUUAUUUUUCCGUUAACAUUCAAUAUUUCAUUUUCUCAUCUGGUAUAAAUUAUUAUUGGAUGAAAAUUACAGAUAGUGAUUAGAAAAAGCGACGCCUACGAGAAGGAACAUGGUCUACCAGAGGGGCCCAUCGAUUUUAUGGCGAUGCUGUUCCACUAGUAAUGGAACGUGACCGUAUGAAUGUGGAGAGUGAUUCUUCAAUUAUUACAAUUGUCCAAACUGAUUUUACUUUUCAGCAAGUUUUUUGACAAUUAGUUACUAAGAAUUGGAUCUUAAAUUGUUAAAACCUUUUGGUUAAUUUUCUAAAAUAUUCUACCUUACUUCUUUUAAAAGUACUCAGAAGAACAUUGAAUUUGUAUCUCAUGGGGUAUUUUCAUAUUGUAGAAGUAAACUAUUUAGCAAUCUUUGCAUAAGAGAAAUACUUAAAAAUUAUUAAAUUAUCUAACCUUUUCUGAAGAAAAUAUAUAUUAGUACGUGUAAAUACGUAUAAUUCAUUCGAUUAAUAUUAAUCAAAGUAGUUUUAGAGAGAGUUCAAUACUACCUGUGCUCUGGAGCAUACCUCUUUGGAUAUUACGAAGAGAAACGAGUUCCUAUUUUAAGAAAUAGAGGUAAUAUUUUCUGAGAUUACUCUUUCAUUUUUGUAGUUUUAUUUCUACACGUCAGAUAAAUAAGAUAAAGUUAGGUAUAUAUUAUUUAAGAGUAUUUUAAGUUUAAAUUCAAGACAUGAAAGCAGGUAAAUCAUUAUACAAUGUUUAGAGCAAAACUUAUUUCAAAGCACAUCUAAAUUAUGUAUCUCAUCUCUUCUGUGUUUUUCGUAUCGGAUAUCGUAUUUUUCAAUUAAUAUUAUGUAAACACUCUUUUCCAAAAAAUAUUUCUAAAAUUCCUAUUUUUAUUAUUUUUUCUCUCCUUUGUUAAAACUUUUCCUAAGUUUCAAAAUAAAGAUUCAGAACUUUGUGUGAAAUCAACUACUUGUCACAAAUUUAUUUUCUAUUUUGUUACACUAAUAAGAGUUAAUA